GAAAUAAGAGCGAAAAAUCUAAUUACUACAAAACGUAGUGCAAAUGUAAGCGAGGAGGAAAGUAGUGCAGUCACUGUAAAGAGUUCCAAGAUGGUGACUAGCUGUUAUUAAGUCGAUGCUGAUCCAGCCUAAACGGAUAAUUUCCUUCGUUGCGAGUUUGAUAAUGGCUCACAGUAAAUGGUUACUGAAUUACAUGAUUAACCAACAUCAAGCAGUCACCUCUGGAUUAUUUUAAACAAGGAACUUUGGAAAUCAAAAAUUAUGGGCAAUUGGCAAUUGGCAACGGAAACUUUGGUUGCCAAAGGAGGCUCCACAAAAAUAUUGGAUUAUUUAAAGAAAUGUUUAAUUGAUAUCCUAUGAAACAAUAAGUAACUGAUAUUUGAAUAAAAUUAUAAAAUUAAGAUGGAUGAACGUAGAGUUGCCGAUUAUUUUGUGGUAGCUGGACUACCUGAAACACCUUUACCACUGGAAGAAUCCACAAAUGAAACCAUUAUUAAACCAACACAUAAACAAGAUCCAAUCACCGACAUAUGUGUCAUCAAUAAAUCCUUAGCUGAAAAAGAACCGAAGGGUUAUGUUUGUCUUGAGCGAACGCAAACUGGCUUUCUUGCAGACCUUAACCAUGGUAGCAUCCGUUGUUCAGAAAUGUACAUUUGUUACCGAAGAGGCAGGGAGAAGCCACCAUUAACAGAUAUUGGAGUUUUAUAUGAAGGGAAGGAGAAACUGAUGUCAGGUUGUGAAAUUGUUCAUACGACUGCACAUGGUCAUUCAGCCAAUGUUAAUAAUAGCAAUAGUAGCCGUAUUUAUAUCACAUACCGAAGAGCUUCUGAUAUGGCUUCCAGUGAUACUUUAGCUGUUGUUGAUAUUUGUAUCAUACUUACCAAUAAGAAUGAAAGUGCUCCCCAUGCCUAUUGCCAAAUAAAUAAGAACUUGAACAAAGGAAUGAUGGGCUCAGAUGUUUAUCUGUGUUACAAGAAGGCUAUGACUAAAACAGAUGUUCUUGCAUAUAAACCUGCUAUUCUAGGCCGAUUUCCUGAAGCAGAUUAUGACAAUUAUCCACUUCCUGAAUCAGUACCCCUCUUCUGUUUGCCAAUGGGAGCAACAAUUGAAUGUUGGCCCGCUAAGGCUCAGCAUCCUCUUCCAGUAUUUUCAACAUUCAUUCUGACAACAUGUGGUGGAGAAAAAGCAUAUGGAGCAGCAGUGUCAUUUUAUGAAGAAUUCCCCGAAGAAAAGUUAACAGAUUUUCAGCUACGGCAUUUGGGUCUGAAGAACAAACAUAUCCGCGAGCAGUAUCGCAUUCCGAAGACGGUGCAUUCAAACAAAUGUAUUUGUCUUCUUUCACGUUGGCCUUUCUUUGAUGCUUUCAAGAAAUUCCUAUCCUAUCUAUAUAGGAUAUCAAUAACAGGCCCUUAUAAUGUUCCAAUCGAGAGGCAUAUUUCUCAUUUCAUGUUUGAUGUUCCUUAUCCAUCUCCACAAAGGCCAAGAAUUCUUGUACAGUUAAACCAUGAAGCCCUCUCUCUAUCAAUGCCAGAAGACUCACCUUUACCUCAAAGUGGAGCCUCAUUUAUUACACUGCUAAAAGACCUCGGUCCUGAGAAUUGUAUGACCAUUCUAUUGCAUGUUCUCCUUGAGCAAAAGAUCCUCAUCCACUCUCUACGUCCAGCAGUCUUGACAGGAGUGGCAGAAGCAGUGACCACGAUGAUAUUUCCUCUUCACUGGCAAUGUCCUUAUAUACCUCUGUGUCCACUCGGAUUGUCCGGAGUAUUAAGUGCCCCUUGUCCAUUUAUUGUUGCAAUACUUUUGCUGCAGUUUUCCAAAGAGAAUUCAAAAAAGCCUGCUCGAGUUCUUCAGGAUACACUCCACAAAAUAUUUAACCAGUUGUCAGCGCAUACAUCCACAACACCAACACCAGAUGAAGUCACUCUUGAACUGGCACCAAUUGAUUAUGAUUUCAAGGUUAAACAAAAAGAAACAAUGAUAGAACUUCAAAUACAAGAGGCCUUUUUACGUUUUAUGGCUUGCUUGAUGAAAGGCUACAAGAAUUUUCUGCAACCAAUAAUGUGGGAGCCUACAGCCAGCACUACGAAAGCCGCUUCGUUGUUUGAUAUGCAAGGAUUUUUGAAGAGUCGUGACAAAGCAUACUUGAAGUUCUUCUCCUUGCUAAUUAAAACACAAACUUUCAUCCGAUUUAUUGAGGAACGUUCCUUUGUAUCUGAUAAGGAUGUCAGCUUAGCUUUUUUUGAUGAAUGUACUGAAAAGGUGGAAGACACAAAGGAUGAGCCACAACUCAUAGACUUUGAUGACAGUCAUAAAAGUGAAAGAACUGUGUUUAUUUUGCCACCUGAGCCAUCUGGACUGCCAGAAGGGGCCACAUACAGUUACAAUGGUUUUCCAGAAUUGAAGCCAGAGUUGUUUCUGUUAAAGAAAUCUAGCACUUCGUCUUUAGCUGGUAAACAGUCUGCCUGUCCAAACAGUCCGAUUGCAAAACGUACCAAGCAAGAAGUGCGCAUGGCACAGAAGAUUGCCCAGCAGCAAGUUGGAUCUCCUGAUUUAUGGGCGAAAUGUCUACUUGGACAUUGUUAUUGUUUGUGGUUUAUUCAUUUACCUGCAUUUGUGAAGCUCAGCCAGUCAAAGCCGAGAGCCCUUAGACUAGCUUACGACAUCUUGCAAAAGAUGAAUACAGUAAAAGAUAUCCGUCCUGAUGAAGUUUGUUAUCGAGUAGUAUUGCAGCUGUGUGGUCAGUAUAACGAGCCCACUCUUGCUGUUAUGGUACUUUGUGAGAUGAAGCGUGUAGGUGUCCAGCCAAAUGCCAUUACUUAUGGAUAUUACAACAAGGCUGUCCUUGAGAGCAAAUGGCCGAGUGAUACCAAGAAUGGUUUACUGCUAUGGAAGAAAUUGCGUAAUGUGAUUACAGCUAUUGCACAGUUGCGAAAGGGUUUGUUGCACCAACGAAGUAGCACAGCUUACUGCUAUAACUCUGAAAGUGAUUUCGACCAAGUCAGCCACACCAGCAAUGACAGCUGCAUAGAUGAAGCUGCAGUCAGUAGCACUGAUGCUAACAGUGGUGGCACCACGGGUAAUAGAAUUAUUGCCAAAACAGAUCUUGGUUCUGAUAUGGUUGUGACUUGUUCUAAUAAAGUAGCUAAUGAAGAAAGAAUGAGUACAGGGGGAGCAUCAGAUAGAGGUUAUAGCUCUAUGACUCAAGAAGAUGCCAAGACCCUAUACGGAGCCCUUUCCUCAGCAGAACAGGCUCGGCAGCAGCAGCAUAACACUAAUAAUUCCAGUAAGACAAAAGAUUCCAAACACUCUCGCUCCAGUAUAUGCUGGAAGAUCAGAAGUAAAAGCACUACUGAAGAAUUAUCAGCACUAGCAAAUUCCAACAGCUCUGAUAGUUCCCAUUCCAAUAAUAACUUCAUUGGCUCUCAGUUCCGAACUCGUGUUGGCAGCAUUAUGAGAAGAUCAGCUAAAAAUAUCACCAGUACUGAAAGUCUUGAAACAUUGAAAACAAACCUCUUUGGUAGUUCUGCUGGUGUACUGAUGGUCAGUGAUUCUAUUUUGAAGAAUAACAACUUCAAUUACAACUUGCAUGAUCUAGAAAUGGAAGCAAAACGUAAGAGACACAAGAGUGCCGGAGACCACCAUUUAAAAACGCGUUCCAACAGCAUGUUCUCGAAUUGGAGACCAUCUUGGAGUAGUGCAAACGCUUUCUCAAUGCGUUUCUCUGACCUUACUAAGAAAGAGAAAGUUAGCGAGUCCAUUGAACAGAAAACAGUAGAGGCUUGUCUCCUUGCAAACCCUAGUAUUGAAGACAGUGGAAUCAUUUCAGAUGAGGCCAAUCAGAAUGAGACUGUGCAACAGUUACCUAGUGAAAAGGAACCAAGUGAAGAAGCUACUCCUACUGAUGAAACUGAUAGUAAAUCCACUACUAAAAGCCCCACUAAGAGUUCAAUACCUUUGUCUUCUUCAUUUAGUGCUCCCAUAACAGAAAACGAUCCUUUGGGUUUAUUUGAUAGCAAUGAAAGUGAAAUGAAUAACAAUUCUUCUCCCGUCUCCCCUACAAAGCCCUCUAGUUCAUUUUCUAAAAAAUCUCUUGUACAAAAGGUAAGUCCUGAAAGGACAUUGUUUGAUAUUCGGACUAGUAGUUUGUGCAGCACAUUGCAUGAAGAGGGGAUGGAUGAUGAAGAUUUAGUGAACAUAAGGUAUGACACAGGUAAUCGCAAACUUGGCGAUCUGGGACGGACUAGUAGCUCCCCUGACUGUCUUGCCGAUUCAGUCAAAGCUAAUUUUAAUCAUCAAACACCUCAAAAGAAAUCAAAGAUUUCUUCUACUUUGUCGUUGGACGAAGCCGGAAAAGUAGAUCGCUCACAGGACACUAAGUUACGACGAACUAAUAGUCUUCGCCGGCGUAAUGAAAUGUUGAGUGGUGUAUUGAAGUCUGCGUCUCUUGUAUUGAACAAACUGAAUGAGCUGAAACAAUCCAUCACCCAGCCUGGUCAUUCUGGAUCUAAUCUCUCCCUGACUCCUUCUGAAGACAGAGAUAGCGGCACUGGUGACGAAGAUAAUCAUGACGGCCUCUCUGGACUUAAGCAAAGAAUGUCAGGGAGUUUAGAUUUUCUCAGUCGAACUGAUAACUGCCUUAAUGAAGCUUUGACUGAAAACAGACGACAGUCUUCUCAUGAUUCAAUUUCCUCUCCGACAUUUACCGGGCAAGAUAUUCCUAUGAUGGAAUUCUCCGAUUCUUCAACUAAAAGCACAUCCACAGAUAGUUACCUUAGUUAUGGCUUAUUUGAUUUCUUUGAGAAAAUGGGAGAAAUUGCUAUUGAAGUGGAGAUGACCAGUUGCUGCCGUUGUCCACAUUGUCUCUGUCUGCUCUAUGACGAAGAGAUUAUGGCUGGUUGGUCUGCUGAUGAUUCAAAUCUAAACACAAGUUGUACUUUUUGUGCCAAAAAGCUUGUCCCACGCAUACAGAUAUUCAUCAAGGAUGCAAGGAAACCUUCAAGGAAGGAGACUUCCCCAGUCAAGGAUCAAGACAAGCCAUCGUCUGUAUUUGGUUCUCCUGGUAAAGAUAAAAGCAAUGCAGUUACAACAGAAUCGAGUGAGAAAAGCAAAACCUCCUCGAAUCCACCAUCGCAGAGGACUAGUAUCUCCUCAACGUUUAGUUGUGAUAAAGGUAACAAUGAAGAAACAACUUCCGAAGAAGGUACACAGAAUUCAGUGCAGUCGGAAAGUCAGGAGUGUGUGAACGAAAGCAGUCCUGAAUGUGAAACCAUCUCCAGUGAGGCGUCAAAUGAACAGAGUUCCACUGACGUGACGACAGAUUCACACAACAACAACAACAACAACAAACAUGUCAAGUCAAACCGUUACCGUAGUACGAGUGAGUGCCUUACAGCAUUGACAACAUCUACUGCUGUGUACAGUUCAUUAUAUGAUAAGGGUCCAGACCUGAAGUCCCCUACAUUGUGUCUAAGUACAGCCACCACAAAGACGACGGGGCAGCAAGAAUUAAGGAAUUCCUCGUUACCCUCUGAAAUUAAGAGAGAUUUUAUAUCUGGCAAAUCUAUUAUCUUGGAACCUAUCACUUUUCCCUAUCUGAGUCCACUCGUAUUACGCAAAGAGCUGGAGAAUGUUGUUGAAAGUGACGGAGAUUUAUGUCUAUUAGAAUCUAAUUUUGUUGAUGAACAUCCAAUCAUAUUUUGGAACUUGGUUUGGUACUUCAGACGCAUAGCUGUUCCUUGUCAUCUUGCAGGACUUGUCUUAAAGUCAAAAAUGCUUAAAUCACUUGAGUUGGAUGAACCUGUUAAUAAUGGCAUGAAACUGACCAGUAGAAAUGUCAGUGUUCAUACCAUGUGGGACAAUGUGAAGAUGAACGAUGACAUGGGCUUGCCUAUGUACAUGGCAUGGAGAGCAGGUCGUGCAUCUGCCAUUGUUGAUGCUCUUGUGACAGAUUCUCAGAUAUACUCAAGACCGUUGAUGCAACAAAUUAUAAGCAACAUCCAUGUUGUCAAUGAUAUGCUCACUCCAAUCAAGCUGUUAGCAGAUGCUCGACGGAGAAAGUCUCGAAAAGGUUACAGGCGAAGCUUCUACCGAGAAAUAUUGUUUUUAGCAUUUGUGGCUUGUGGGAAAAACGUUGUUGAUUUGGAGGGAUUUGAUCGUGCAUACAGAGCUGCAUUCAGCAAAUUAUCGAAGGCAGAGAUUAACAGAUUGCAACUAGAUGAUGCACCCCUCCCUCUUGCAGUAAGAUACUGUCGUGCUGUCUUUGAAGAAUUAGAGGUAUAAGCAGCCCUGUGUCGAGUGCCUGGCUCAUCCUACCGACUGACAAAGAACAAUCCAGCAGUACUGGUCGGCUUUUUCUAGAAUGCCCAUUCACCAUUCUAAAAUAGACACUAUGUUCCCACAUGAAUUUCAUGGAGAGAAACCAAACUUUAAUUGCGAGAUCACUGUGUAUUUGUAAAUGUCAACGUUUACCAAAUGUCUUACAGAAUCAAUGGAAUCACAUUGUUACCAGUUUAAUGUUCAUACUAAAUAAAUAUAAAACAAAAAGCCCAAGAACCAUGGAUAAUUUAAAUCUGACUUGAGUACAUCCUACAAAAAAAAAAAAAAUCUUAAUCCCAUUCUCUCUCCCUCCCCACUCAACACACACUCUCACUUGUCUCGUCAAUAACACUCUUAUUUUGAGAGUUUUCAUCUAGCAGUGAAAAAUAAUGAUGAUGAUGAUGAUAUCAGUUCUGAUCAUUCUUGCUAUCACAUGUGUAAAAAAAACGGGGUUUCAUAGUGUUACUGUUUUUGCUUUUUUUCUUUUCUGUUUGUUUUCCCCAUGCAGGUCAUCUUGUCUCUAAUAGCUUAAUAGCCUCAUCCCCCCCACCACCACCACACACACCAUCCAACUAGUAAUUAAUGAAUUUGGAUGUAUUAACUGGUCAAUUAUUUUGGCAGUGUUGCAACUGUUAGCCACAUCCAUAAACUGUUGUUGUAACUCACUAGGUUAAUAUUAUUUUGAAUUGACUUUUCCUGCAAAAGGGACAAGCAGAAGUUGUCUGGAGAAACGUCUGGUCUCUGUUGUCUCCUGUUUGUCAGGAUUGUGAAUUAUGGUCAAAAUAAUGGAAAAGAGGGAAAGUCAAUUUAUUUUUGCCUCAAAAAUCCAUUUCCUGGUGAUGAUAAACACUUCUAUGUGGGGUAAACAUUUAAAGAUCCUGGUAUACAUUUGAUUGGGUUUAUUUUCUUUUUGUUUCUCCCACCCCAAAACAUGGUGAUUGAAAUUGUGCUUAUUUCUUUCUUUUUCAUUCCACUAUUUUAAUAGCGUUUCUCUUAGCCCAAUGAAAACAAAGAUUAUCUCCCCUCUUCAUGAUUUAAUUUUUCCAUUUUAGCCAUUUAACAAUUCUUAAAAGUAAUCUAAUCAUUGGGCUUGCUUUUUAAUUGGGUUUAUUUAUUUAUUGGGUGAUGGGGAUGUUUGCUUCUCCCUACUCGGUUUUUUAAAUGUUAUUGCCAAAUAAUGAACAGCCAACACCGGCAAAGAAAAGACAAAAUGAUUUUGUCUGUCAUAAAAAGUUAUAAUAUAUUCCAACAGCCCUAAUGCUUGCAAAAAUAUUCCCAUUUAAAGAAAAAAAAAAAGGAGAAAGAUAAAGGUUUUAGUAGUUAUUUUUGUAUUUGAAUAUGUAUUCUAUUCAUUUUUAUGGUUACUCUUCCAUGAAUAUAUUGUUUAGGCAUUGUUUUAUAGUCGGAUGUUCUUCCUGUUGCUAACCCUUACUUGUUUUCCAAAUAAGGAAUUUCUUAUUUCACAUGUUUCCAAUAGCAUAAAGUGAGUGGACGAUUUGUUGACAGGUAAAAUGACAACAACAUUGCUUGUAGCUCGUGUAUGAAACUUAUUUAAAUAACUGAUAUGAGAUACAUUAUACAGCGAUAUGAUUAGUUAAAUGGCUCGUAUGAUAUAUAAGUUAUAUGAAAUGUGCAAUAUAACAGUGAUGUUAUUGGUUUAGAUACAUCUGUCAACACUGUUACUUCUGAAAAGGGUUGUGUGACAUAGAAGUAUGGACUAUAUGGUACCACAUUAUCAUUAAAUAAAUAGGUCAUCUGCAAUUAAACCCAACCAGUAAAAGAGCAUUAAAUUAAUUAUAUUGUGUUAUAUGAACUUCUAUAGCAAAUGUCUUAAAAUUUGUGAUGUAAAUUUGACACUAGUCAGAAAUAGCCAUUAUAGGUCACUUUAUAUGUUUACUGUUAUGAUUGGAGGCUAUUAGAUUUAGUAGUAACUAUAUAGAAUUACAAUACCUGUCUACAUGCUUUCAGGUUAUGAAAAGAACAUGCUCAAUUGGGUCAUGUUCAGGUGGUGACAGGUGGGAGUUUAAAUUUUGUGACUUCUUUAUUGUUUAUCUUUGAUGCCACUGUGGUUCCACCAUGACCACCACCACCUCCUGGCAUAUACUUUCUUGUAUGAUUCAUGUUUGUUUACACUGGGAGUUGGUUGAAUUAACUUAAUGAAAUGAAGUAUGUGGGGCAGCUACACCUAAUGUAUUCAAAAUCAUAAGCUUGAUAGUGGUGACAUUGGGCAGAAAAGCUAGACUGGCUGUACUGGUUUAAAUUCCACAAAAUAAAAAAGUUUCAAACUUUAUGAGAAGAUAGAGAAGGCAGUUCUAGAAGCAUUUAUGUAAACAAUCUCUGUGCCCGCUUAGACUGUGUUGUUUGUUUAUUCUCAGAACUACUUCUGUUACAGGUAUCUAUUUCCUUGCCAAAUUAACAUAUAUUAUAUAUAUACACACACACAAGCACACCUGUAUAAUAUUUGAACCCAACACUGCAAGCUAAUAAAAUAUUUGUCAACAAUUACAGAGUGAUAAAUAGCAGAAAUAGAUGAGUGCCAAACGAAGUUUUUUGCUUUAACAUUCUGAGUUCUAAUAGUUAGAGCUGACAGCUAAACUAAUCCUUUCUGCUUUGGUGUGUUGGGCGAGCAAGGAAUGUCACUCAUUCUUAAGGUUGAUAUUUCACAACUAAUUAAAUUGUUAUGAUUUCACCAAUGAACACCUCUUUCAUAUGUCUUAAAUUUAGAGCAAGUCAUUUUUUUUUUUUUUAGCCAGGGUAGAAUUUGAACUCUGCUGCUCAUGCUGACACACCUAUCAAUUGUUCAGUGUUCCCACUGCUAUUUCUUUACAGUUUGUUUGAUUUGGUAGGAAAUGCAAUAUCAGUGAUUGAGGGGGAAAUAAGCUGGUGAUAAUUUUUUUUUUUAGUGAGGAUGGCUGCAAUAAAUAGGUGAGGUAUUAUGAAUAAUUUAAUUAUAAAUUGAAAAUUUAUAAAAUUACAAAAUACUUCAGAGUCCUCAGUUCUUAAAUUAUAAAAUUUAUAAAAGCCAAAAAGAAAAAUUUGCUUUUAACUAUUUGAGAGAAAAUGUCAUUUGAAAAGGAAGACAUAACAUUUGACCCAUUUGAGAAUGUGACAUGGAGCAAGGGUGAAGCUCCCCCUCCCCAUCUCUCUCUAUGUCGAUAUUCCAGAUUCAGUCCCUGGCUGUAGCUAGUUUCACUCAACUCCAUUGUUCUUGAGGCAGGCAUUUGUGCCACAGCUUCCUCUUCCCUUCAUUUCUCUUGCUUCCUUUGAAUAGACUCUAUUUACCUCCACUCACCUCCUGCCAUAAAUAUCCCCGCCAAAAAAAGAUAAGACAAUUUACUAUUUAUCACAAUAAUGUUUGGUACAAAGAAUAUCUUAGAAUGUAGUAAAUCAUGGUUUUCUAAGAAUUUAUGAUGAAUGUUUGGUUCCUUUAAACAUUUUUUUCUUUAAUUUUCAUCUCAGAUAUUUCAAUACAAAAAGCUACGUUCUGCAAUUCUAUUUAUUACUUCUAAAAACAUCUCCCUGCAAAUAAUCCAACUGCCAAUUUACAUUUAACAAGGUUAUUUAUUUGAAUUUGAGUAUAUUUUAUUUAAACUAGGUUUAUGUUUUUUUUUUUCCUUUAAUUUUAUUCCUCCUGUAAUUUUUGAUUAGUAAUAAGGGAGGGAUUAGUUUGGGUUAAUCCUUCCUCUUUUAUGGACACAGUUACUGGUGUCAGCUGACCAGUUGGCCAUGCUGUUGUUGUUGUUAUUAGUUCCUUUCAAUCUCUGCAUGAGCAGGAUCAGUAAACACAGAAGGUAACCAGCUGAAUAGAUCAGAGCUUAACUCUACAAUGUUACUUUAGUCAUCUAGUCUUUAGUGUAAAGAAUCCGGAUAUGUCAGAACUGAAAACAAAAAUAUUGUGGUCCUUAUUUUAAUGCUAUGAGUUUGGGAGUUUAAAUUGGGCUGUUAUAUUGCGUAGGUUGAGUGACUAUAUGGAAACUCCCUAUUGUUGGCUCAUUAAGUUGUUCUUUUCAUUUAUCAUUACUGUGACAAGCCAUUUGGUGCAGGAGUUGGCAAAUAUAAAACUCACUUCUAAGGUUUUACUGAGGGUUUUCCCUUGGGAAUGGCUAAAGUGCCAAAUUAUCCAAUUCCUCUAUCCCUUUACCCUUGAGAAUGGCCAAAGUGCCAAAUUAUCAGAUUCCUUUAUCCUCUUUAAACUAAAGGACUAACUGAAGAUAUAACAACAAUUAUCAAUAUUAGGGUAGCAAACUGGCAGAAUUGUUAGAGCAUUGGACAAAAUGCCUUGUAUUUCCUCUAGCUCUUUACAUUCUGAGUUCAAAUCCUACCGAGGUCAACUUUGCCUUUUAUCCUUUUGGGAAUCGAUAAAAUUAUCAGUUGAGUACCAUGCUUGCUGUUAUCGACUGAUAACUCUUCUUUUAAUGUCAAGGGCCAUCUGCUGAAAUCAGAAGCCAUUACUAUUGUUGUUGUUUCAAGUUAGUCUUCUUUGAAUAUAGCAACGUAUCAGUGAAAUACUGCAGGUUAAUUUUUAACUGACUCUAUUCCCUGCCCCCAAAUUUGAGGCCUUGUGCCUGUCUUAGAAAUCAAUCAUUAUUAUUAUUAUUGUGAAUGUAAGGAAUUGCAGGAUUGGUAGAACACAGUAACCAAACAUAGUACUGUUGAGAGUAUGAAGUUGCAUCCUGAGUUCAAAUCCAGCCGCCGGAGUUAACUUUGCCAUUCAUCCGUUUGGGGAUCAGUAUCAUAAAAUACCAACCAGAAAUAUUUUAAUAAUUGGUUUGGUCAACUGCGAAGUCUCUCAAAAAGAAAACUGAAAAAAAUUUUUAUGUGACGCGUCAUGCGUAAAGGUUGAAAACCAUCAUCAUCAUCAUCAUUCUUGUUAUUAUUAUCACCACUACCACCACUACCACCACCAUUACCACCUUGUGUAACAUUCAGUUGUUGAUCAUCUGUGAUAGCAGCACAAUUGGACAAUUGGCAAGCUGUAUUCUAAUCCCUAUAUUAUCUCUCAUCCAAACUCCUUUCUUUCUCCAGAAUCUUAUUUCAACUUUUUUUUUUCUCAAAUCUGGAAGAAGAAAAAAAAAACAAAAGCAUAAAUCUUUCUGGUUAUUGUACAUUUGGGGGGUUUUUUGUCUUUGUGUUUUUUUCCCUCCCCCCCCCUAUUCAUCAUCCAGAGAAAUUGUUUUUGACUCUUUGACUGAUUUGUAUUUUGUGUUAUAUACAUACAUCAACUCACACAAAUAUACAUAGAUGCAUAUCUAUACACACACACACACACACACACACACACAUAUAUAUGUAUGUAUGUAUAUAUAAUGCUGAAAUAAAUUUCUUAGGACAGUAAGAAAUAUUCAAUGUGAAAAUGAAUUUAUAAUGAAUAUAACAAAACUCAUUCAGAGUGUUGAUAUUUUAAAUAUCUGAUAUAGUUUUAUCCUAUUUAGUACACUAAAAUUAAGAACUUUUGUUAAUUAAAUCUAAAUGCUUAUAGUCAUUAAUCACAUUGCCUAUGCCCAUCACUGAUGUGUUUCUCGUGUCUGUGUUCUGGGGGAGCUGGGUGUGUAUGCUUCAUCAGAAGCUGUCUGCAGAUUGCUGGUCAAACUGAUUAAAUAGUUUGAAGUCUAUAUAAAAGAGAACAGGAAUGAAACGUGUAUUAUUCAGUCUCUGUCAAAAACUCAUUGAAUAUAUUUCAAGCCAUAAUUCGGUUUGUCCAGCUGUCUGCAGGCAGCCUCUGAUGAAGACGUGUGUUUCUUUGGCUUUGGUGGUUUAUAAAUAUUAGAAACACACGUGAUGGGUAGAGGUAAUUUGAUUCCUUACGACAAGCAGUUUGAUCUGGUUCACUAAAGUCCUAUUUUAGCAUACUAAAUAGAUUGAUACAUCAGAUGUCACACAUAUACAGAUACAGUGGGUAUACACACUGUAUAAUACUCAUAACAUUUUUCUUAAUUAUCAGCUUUAAAUGUCUCAGCUGUUUUGUAAUUCUUUUUUUUUUUUUUCUGGAAACUUACAACAUUUUUAUUUAUUAUCAUCGAUAUUGAUAAUGAUGAUAAUUGUUUCAACUUACAUUUACCAUUCCAUCCUACAAAUAUUUUUUGUUGGUUUUUUUUUUUCUUUUUUUUUUUGAGUGAAUUUGUUUUAUUUUAUUCCAUUCUUUUUGUUCUCUGUCUAAAAGAAUGUUUCAGAUACUAUAUUAAAACACGACUAUACACACAAAAAACACAUUCAAAUACACACACACACAAAAACGCACACAUGUGGUGUGUGCAAUUUAACCAUGUUACAAUUAAAAAGAAAAUUAAGAAAACAAAGGCUUUUUCCUUUUUGUUAGUAUUAGAUGUUGUUCGUUCGUUUGUUGUCUUUUUAAAGAUUUUUGACUAAUAUGUACACCUGUAUAUAUCUAGUUUGUAUACUAAUUUUAUGCUACGUUGACAGUGAAUACCUUAUUUUGUUUAUGUCCCUUGCCCUUUCCCUCCAUCUCCUUUUACAUUGCACACAAAAUCCAUAAACACUCAAACAAGCGGUUCUGAAUUAUUUACUUGAAAUCCGUUUUUCAAGCUGACAGGAAAGAAAGAAAAACAAAAAAAAAACAGUACAAAUAAAUGUAAAAGUAAACUAAAAUAACUGACAAACUCUGAGAAUCCAGAAGCAAAAUCUGGUCUAUUACUACUACUACUACUUCUACUACUACUACUACUACUACUAUUACAACUACAAUUAUUGGAUUAUUGAUAACAAGCACCUCAACGUUGUUACUGAUUCUUCUUGAGAUCAUAUAAAGCUAUUUUACCAUCAA